AUGUCGACCUUCGGAGAAUAUUUUAGGGUCACCACCUAUGGUGAAUCCCACUGCCGCUCUGUCGGCUGCAUUGUCGACGGCUGUCCGCCAGGAAUGGAGCUCACAGAAGAGGACAUUCAACCCCAAAUGACCCGCCGAAGACCCGGCCAAAGCGCUCUAACGACACCCAGAAACGAGAAAGAUAAAGUGGAAAUCCAAUCUGGUACUGAAUUUGGCAUCACAUUAGGAACACCUAUUGGUAUGGUUGUGAGAAAUGAGGACCAAAGACCCAAAGACUAUGGAAAUAAAACCAUGGAUAUGUACCCCCGGCCCAGCCAUGCGGACUUCACCUACUUGGAAAAAUAUGGCGUCAAGGCUAGUAGCGGUGGCGGGAGAAGUAGUGCGAGAGAAACCAUAGGUCGUGUGGCUGCCGGCGCAAUUGCGGAAAAGUACCUGCGACUUUCCCAUAAUGUUGAGAUCGUCUCAUUCGUAUCCUCUGUUGGAAACGAACACCUAUUCCCACCCACACCCGAAUACCCAAGUGCCUCUACAAAUCCAGAAUUUCUGAAACUCAUCGAAACUAUUGACAGGAAGACAGUGGACUCCUUCGUUCCGAUCAGAUGCCCCAAUACCGAAGCAGCUCAACGCAUGACUAAAUUAAUCGAACACUUCCGUGACCGUCAGGACAGCAUUGGAGGGACAGUAACCUGUGUUAUUCGCAAUGUCCCUGUUGGGUUGGGGGAGCCUUGCUUCGAUAAGCUCGAAGGCAAACUUGCUCAUGCCAUGUUGAGUAUCCCGGCGACAAAAGGAUUUGAGAUUGGGUCAGGUUUCGCAGGCUGCGAGGUGCCAGGAUCAAUCCAUAACGAUCCGUUUGUUGUCGCCACAAAAGAGGCGACUGGCGGCAACGGCACUACCCAACAUCUUACUACUAAAACAAACAAUAGCGGUGGUAUCCAGGGAGGUAUUUCCAAUGGCGCAUCAAUAUACUUCCGCGUAGCAUUCAAGCCACCAGCGACUAUUGGCCAGGCUCAAACGACAGCCACCUAUGCAUUUGAAGAGGGUACUCUGGAAGCCAAAGGACGCCAUGAUCCGUGCGUUGUGCCACGCGCAGUACCUAUCGUUGAAGCCAUGGCCGCGCUCGUUAUCGUCGAUGCGUUGAUGGCCCAAAAUGCCAGGGAAACCGCAAAGAACCUUCUUCCGCGUCUGGCUAGAACCGUUCCUACGCACCCUACGGGCAUGCCACCUCAGUCGCAACAGUAG